CAAUCAAAUUCAUUUCAUCAUCAUCAUGAAAUGAAGAUUCUUUUUACUUUGCCACUGCCAGUUUGCCUUGUCUGAAUUAUUGACAAAUUCACAGAGGACACGUGUACUUGCUGUAUACAUUGACUCAUCUGUUGUUCUUUUAGAAAAUUCUCAUGUUAUUGUGAAAUAUUUCAUUGCAGUGGUUAAGCUGUGAAAGCGACAAAAUGUCUGAAUUCAAAGAUUGGUUCAACAGUAUUCCGUUCUUCACGCGAUAUUGGCUAGCUGGUACUUUAGCUUUUAGUCUUAUUGGACGGUUUGGAUUGCUAAACUACUCUUACUUUAUUUUGGAUUUUUACUUAUUCUUCAAUAAGUUUCAGAUAUGGAGGCCCAUCACAGCACUAUUCUUCUACCCCAUCACACCAGGCACUGGCUUCCAUUUCCUCAUAAACUGUUACUUCCUCUACAACUACUCUCAGAGACUGGAGACGAGCAUAUUUGCAGGCAAGCCAGCUGAUUACUUCUACAUGUUGUUGUUUAACUGGCUGUGUUGUGUCAUCAUUGGGUUCUUGGCCAAUGUUAUGGUGUUAAUGGACCCCAUGGUUCUAUCAGUCCUAUAUGUCUGGUGUCAGCUUAACAAGGAUAUCAUUGUGUCAUUCUGGUUUGGUAGCCGUUUCAAAGCCAUGUACUUGCCAUGGGUUCUUUUGGCUUUCAACCUUGUGAUAAGUGGGGGUGGAGUGAUGGAGCUUCUGGGCAUCAUGGUCGGACAUCUCUCCUUCUUCCUGCUAUUCAAGUACCCACAGGAGUUUGGUGGACCCGCAUAUCUUACGCCACCUGCGUUCAUUAAGCGUCUCUUUCCUGACACUCGAUACGUCGGUGGCUUUGGUACCGCGCCUCAAGUGAGGGUGCCCACUGAUGGGAUUCCGCGCGGGAUGUUCGGGGGACACAACUGGGGCCGCGGACAGACACUGGGCGGCAACUGAGAGUGUACAUACGUGCACUAUGUGUACAUGAACGGACUGACCAUAGUGCAGUGCUUCUCAAACUGCUCUGCAAGACCUAGCACGACUAGCACAACUUUGCGCCUAGUGGGUGGGAUAGUAAUUUUCAAUGUUUUCAUACUGUUACUGUCGCGUUAACGUAAACGUGAAUUUAUAUGGAAUUGAAUCAGUUGUUCCAUAGUGCCACUAGAUGGCGCUGUUUCAAAUCCUUUAAAAUUUGCGUUUACGUUAACGCGAUCGUCACAGUAUCAAACUGCCACUAGGCCCUCUGGUGUAUAUGUGAUAUUUCGAGCUCAUUAUCCUUGAUUUUCUUUUUUAUUAAUUAAUAGUGAAUAUCAUCCUUUAAUUUGACUAAUUCAGAGAGUAUAAACUAACAAAAUAGAUAAGAAAACAGGAGAUAAAUUAAACUUGGUUUCCAAAUAAUCUUCAUUCACUAAUAGUCAGAUAAUAGAUACUAAACUCAAAGAUUUUAUGCUAUUAGAUAUGUCAAAAUUGAGGUGAACAAAGGUGGAUAAUUGUCUUUGGUUUCAUUUAGUCUAAUUGUAAACAAUGACAGAUAUUUAAGCAAAUAAUACCUAAAUAUUAUCUACAAUAUCGUGUUGUGUUUAGGAAGUGUAAAAACUAUAUACCUACACAUAAAUUUAUAAUGUAAGUAAACACAAAAUUGUGCAUUUGUGUGUUUGUGUGUAAAUGUGGAGUAGGUAAACUUGGAUCACUUUUUGUGGUGAUUCUGUAGGCAUGUAACAUAUCUAGUAAUAUAAAAUUGUUGAAGUUGAACUAAACUGAGGAAAUGUCUAAUCAAUCUACCAAAAAACAACAUGUGUAUUACUUAUAAACAAUGGUAAAGUUGUGGUAUUACCAGGGCCGGACCGUCCAUACGGCGAAAGGAGCGGUCGCUCCAGGCGCCAAAUCCUAGGGGGCGCCGAAAUGGUAAAGACAAGAUCGAAAAGAAAUUUAUGUGAUGAAUUUACGUGCGCGAAAGGCGCCAUAAUUGGAUCUCGCUCCAUUCUAAAAUUUACCUCGGUCCGGCGCUGGGUAUUACCUAUAGGUAUUAUGAAUAAUAAUGCAAACUGUUACAGAAGAUAGGUACUGAAAAUAAUCAAAAAGUAAUAAAUUAGUAAUUUAUAUGAAUGAAAUUUAUGUGUAUUACACGUCCGGCCCCUCAGAAAUUGCGAUCGUGAUCAAAUGGGCGAUGUAACUUUUUGUAGUGAUGAGACAAAAAACGAGGCAAUUGUAAUUUAAUAUUUUUGUCCCAUUCGAUUACGAACUGUCAGAAACGCAAUCUCUGAGCUAAAAAACUAAAUAAUUUGUUCUGUAAAAGUCAUGCUCGGCCUCUGCAGAAAUUUAUAAUGUGGUGCAGGUAACAGAUGUGUUUAUUUUUACAAAUAAAUGUUUAUACUUUACUCUAGACCUACAUAAUAAUGUAUUUUAUUAUUGUAUUUAGUGUUUCUACAAUUACACAAGUUUUUUCUCCUACAGUUCGUUUUGUAUAGCAUGGUGUGGGUGACAGUUCCUUUCACUAUUGAAAGUUUGCCGCGAUUUACGAUAAUAGUACGUAUUAUGAACGUCAUACAGGUGACUGUUACCAUGUACCCAUACUAUCUGAAAAUCACUUUAAAUGCAUUUAAUUAUUUUAACUCCUCCUAACAAGUUAGCUCACAUCUUAAAUUGCAUCAUAACUUACCACCUGAUGGUAAGUUAUAAUGCAAUCUAAGAUGGAGAACUAAUCUAAGAUUGUAGUCAAGGGCUAACUUGUAAAGAAUAAAAAAAGCGUGUGUCAUCUCCGACGCACGAAUGGAGUUUACUCUUUUAGAUCGACUGUCUAAAUAAGUGUAUGUUGCCCCUCAGCAUACACUAUAUACGUCUCAAUACUUACGCCUGAAAAGUGAUAGGUGCGCAGAAUAGGUUGCGCACAAAAACGUAACGCUUGUCAUUCGUUCAUCGAAUUUUACUGCCCAUAUUUUUUUUCAUACCGGGGGGCUUUAUAUGAAAAAUCGAUUCUUAAGGAGUAAACUCCAAUCAUCAUCAUCAUCAGCAUAUCAGCCGAUGGACGUCCACUGCAGGACGUAGGCCUUUUGUAGGGACUUCCAAACAUCACGAUACUGAGAUCUUACUCACUUCUUUCUAGAUGGACCAAAAAAUAAACUCCAAAAAAAUAAAAUUAAAAAAAGUGCAAUCCGAUUCAAACUUUAUGACGUCCCGGAAGUUAGUUGUAGUUGACGCUACACGCAAGUAUUACUUACAUAAUAUACAGUGGCGUGCACUUCCGAAAUUCAAAAAUGCACUGCCUAACCUGAGGACUCAUUUCGAAAAUGUAUUGAAGAUGAAAUGUCACAUUUGUACGUAUAAUGCUUACCCUGAUAAAAAAACCUUGUGCACGCCACUAUAUAUGAUAAAGCCUAAGAUACAAUUAAAUCAUGACGCGUGAGGAGACUGUAGGUGGGAAAAACGUGCACGGGAGGAUGUCACUUCGCCAGUGGCGUGCACAAGUUGUUUUACUAGGGUCGGCACUAUACAUUAAUAUUUGUACAGGUUUGUGCCGAGUCCUCAAGGUAAGCUGUGCAGUUUUGCAUCUAUGAGGUAUAAGCGCUGUUCCAAGAAGUAACAUUUAAUUCGUAACCAAUAGUCAAUAAUAUUCUGUUUUAAUUAAUUAUUAAGAUGUAUUUCAUAAACUUAAUUUUUCCUUAUUUUAAUCAAUUGGCACAUCACUGUGUAGAUCUUAAAUGUUUUCUUGGGAUAAUAUGCGUGUCAACAUUCAUAUAAAGUCAACUAAUUGAGCAUAUUGCACGAGUACCUAAUAAAGAUCUUCACACACUUGUAUACGUAUUAAAGUUUAUUGUGAUAACAGCUCCUGGUUUUCAUAUCUAGUUUUUUUUUUAUUAUGGAUAGGUAUUGUUGUUUUUAGUAGUUUUUAGUUACAAUUAACUAUAAAAUAUAUAACGAAAAUAUUUUGCUUCUUA